GUGUAUAUGAAAAGUGGACUUUUAAGAACUAUGUUCCGCUCAGGAUACGUUCCCUGGCUUAUUGCAGUCCUGAUCUUCCCGGCAGCGUAUACAAUAAUCGGCCUUCAAGCACUCAACGGCACUUUGGACGCAAUUGGACAGCUGUCAACAUCGUCUCCGCGGAUUCUUCCUCGCAUAGACAGCAAUGAACGUGUGCGCACGGUAUACACAGGCUUAGGGCUCAUAGAUGAGACAUUAACUAAUCUUGUGCUUUUCUUUUGGAAUGUCAUUGAUGGGACUUACGCUCCCAUCGCAAUCUUUGCACUAUGGAUGGCCGGACAAAUUGUUUGUGUAUUGGUUGUUACUACGUUGGAGGGCUAUAGGAAGGUUAACCAUAAGAAAGCUAUUUCCUAUUUCUCAAUUUGGGGUAUUCUCUAUCAGAAUAUUCCAUGGGGAGUCAUGAUGCCUAUAUAUUAUGCUCUUCAUUUGGUAACCUCACCAACAGCUCAGCCCCAUAUAUCUUCUAUAGAUAGUAAAAGUAGAGGCAUAAGAGAGCUGGUGCACUUCGACACUUUGGCAUUGCGUGUGUUGCCAUUUUCUGUGCUGGUAGGCUGCAUUUUACCGACAGCUCUGCUCGCUCUUCCAUCGUCUUCAUUUAUAAGCCAUGAUUUACGCCAAGUUUUGAUUGCUUUCUGGCAACCAUUUCCUGUGUGGGUUGGAUUGUGUCAGGUAAUUUUUACCGCAUGCAUUCGACCUAGUAACCGGACGGGAAAAGACCUAGUGGAAAAAUCUCGCAAAAUUGUUACUAGGAUAUGCACCCUAUCGCUCUCCUUGACACUAUUUAUCAAUGUUACCAUAUGGUAUUUCAUCAUUGUUUCAGGGAGCUAUUCCUGGGGCGAAUCAUUCGGCGGGUCAAGCCUUCUUCAAAAGUCUAUAGAAGUCUUUGUCCCGGUUCCAUUGUCUGAAAAAGUUACUGUGGAAACAUUGCCUAAGGGAUGCCUUUCUCUACUGCAAUAUGACGCUUAUUUUGCUUGCGGCGCCUCCCUGAUCUGGGCUUGUGUUUUGUAUUGUCGAGUAGUCGGGGAACUAACGCUUUCGGACCUUAUAUGGGGACUUGUGAUUUCCUUGAUAUGCGGACCGGGAGGAGCAGCAUUGUUCAUAUUGUGGAGUAGAGAUGAGAAGAUUUUUGAUCGAGAUUUGAAGAAGGAUUGAUCUAUUUUGGCUCUUAUCUAUUGCAGGAUUUCAAAACUUGAAGAAUUGAUUGGUCAGAUACCCUUCCAUAGAUGUUGUUUUGCGAUCAUCUAUAGUCAAGGAUUGCUCAUAAUCAACUGCACAACCAUGCACUUGAUUUUAGAGGCUAUUGCUAAUCCAAGGCUCGAAUACGACCUUGAAGCUUGAAUCGUUGGAAAUAAGCAAUUCUUUUCGUUCCUAUAGCAUGCAUCCAUGCACAUUUAUCAACUAUAUAGUGUUUACUUUAAACUAUAUAGCCCUUUUUAAACGUCCACGAC